AAACUUGCGCUUUUUCUGCAUAAAACUAAUAUUAUGAACCGCGUUUGGUCGAACAAGAAGAUAAUUAAAUUCAUUAAUGAAGUUCAUGUUAGACCUGAAUUAUGGAAUGUCUCAGUUGCCGCGUACAGAGAUCGCAAGGCAAAGUUUAAUGCUUGGAGCGCUGUUGCUGCACAAUUUAAUAUAACUCCUGACGUGGCCUACAAAAAGUUCAGAAAUCUAAGGACCUACGCGAAAACUGAGCACAAAAAAAAAGGUGGCAAGCCUAUAUCCUGGUUCGCUUACGACGCUAUUUCAUUCAUUCUAUCAGGGGAUGGUUCUGACAGAGGAAUAGACAGCGAAGCGAAUCCUAAGACGAUAACAGAUAGACCUGAAAGGGACGAUGGUGACAGUAUUGUAUCGGAAGAAUCAUCAGAUACCUCUGUGGAACCAGAGCCAAAAGUGCCACUUAAGAAACCAAUCAGAUCACAAAUACCAGAGCCAAUUGAAAGAGUUCACAUAAACGACAGCGUUGGCAGGAAUCCUUACUCCAGCUUUGGAGAAUAUGUAGCCAAUAAACUUAGCACGUACGACAGUUAUACUCGUGCUCAGACCGAGUUCAAAAUAAGCAAGAUACUUUUCGAUGCGGACAUGGGUAUGUUUAGGCAAACGGAGAGGCAGUUCCCGGCUCAGUUUCCAUCGAUUUAUCCUAAUUACUCAGAACAACAGGAAAUGACGGGUGGUAGUGAUCUUAAAAGUCAGUGCACUUUUCUACAACCGCAGGAUUCUUUACAAGGACCUUCGAACAAUCGACCUUAGGCUACUUUUUCGUCUCUUAAAUAAAAAAAACAUUUUCAUCACACGUGCUCGUAACGUGGACCUUAUUACAUCGAUGUAAGGCUUGAAUCUAAGACACACGUGUUUUACGUGUGAUGAUGUAAGUUUAGUUUGUACGGUUGUACCUCACUGUGAGUUAUUACUUAUUAUAUAUGAAGAUAGAUUUUUUUUAAUUUAGCUGG